AUGAGUUGUUGUAUCAAUGCUGCAUGUUUUUUCUGUACGCUAUGUUUAUGUAUUGGCUUAGCUAGCCUGAUCCAACUCUGUUUGGGUGUUUAUUUAACUUUUAUUCAACAAGAUGUUAUAACCAUCAAUCAACUUGUGAAAACUGAUCAAUUCGAUUCCUAUCUAUUCUACAUUCUUUUGGUGUUUAUUGGCUUAGGUCUAAUUACACUGAUUUUAGUAUUCUUUUCCAUUUAUAGUACUGUUCGGAGACUUAAAUCUCUUUCAUUAUUCAUCGCUGUCUUAUGGACAUUCACUGUCAUCUUGAACGUGGUCAUGUUUGUUAUUUCGCUUCUGUAUUACUUUGUUAUCCUUCCACAAUUGCCGUUCUUACUCAAACGAACACUUCAACAAAAUCCAUUGACAACAUCAACAUUACUUGAUCCUCUUCAGUCCAAAUAUACAUGUUGUGGCUUUAAUAACAAAGAUGAUUACGCUACUGUUUCGUUAAAUCCAUUUCCUACUUCAUGUUGUCGCGUGCCAAACUGUUGGCAAGACACCGAUAUUAACAAUCACAUCGCGCUUGCAAAUGCAACAGUUUCG